ACUAUUCCUUCAUUUCUCCUUCUUUUGUUAAGCGACGUCGGUGCGUGAAGUUGCAUAGUACAAUUUACUUUCCUGGCAUCCUGUGUUUGUAGAUACUAGUAAAAUGUCUCCGACAAAGGCCGCCGUUCCUGCUACCAAACCACAGGGAAAGAAACCCCAAAUUCGCGGUAAAGGCCUGAAAAAGAAGAAGGUCGCCCUUAAAUUUGUGAUCGACUGCACACACCCAAGUGAAGAUAGCAUUUUGGAUGUUGCAAAUUUCGAAAGCUAUUUGAAGGAGAGGAUAAAGAUUAAUGGAAAAACUCAAAAUUUUGCCGCUGGUAAAGGUAGUCAACAUGUUGUGACUUUGGGAAGAGAGAAGGGAACAAAAGUAGUUGUCAAUUCAGAAAUUCCGUUUUCCAAAAGAUACCUGAAAUACCUUACAAAGAAAUACCUGAAGAAGAAUAAUCUUCGUGAUUGGUUGAGAGUUGUAGCAUCUGGUAAAGAUUCCUACGAACUUAGGUACUUCCAGAUCAACAGCCAGGAAGAUGAUGAUGAGGAAGAUAAUGAAUAGAAUAAAGUUUAUGUAUACUUUACAUAUUGAAUAAAAGCUGAUUGACUUGAG